AGUGGGACCCACAAAAAGGUCUAUUCGAAUAUUUGAAAUGACUUGCAACGGGAGCUCAUUCGCGCGCCUAUAAAUGCAGGGAGAGAGAGAGAGAGAGAGAUCGGUCUGUGGUGAUUUCGUUGCUCGCUUCGAACUUCAAUGGGUUCCGAGGAGGGAGAGGAGUUGAGGAAAGGAGAGGGCCGAGAAGAACGAGGAGGACAAGCGUUGCAGCUGUCAAGGAGGGGGACGAGAGCAAGCGGAGGCGGACUGAUCCAGCGAUCAAGGAAGCGACAAAGAAGCAUCUCUUCUUGUAACUCGCCUCGCUCCACCUUCCUCUCUCGCCAUUCUAGCUUCAACUGGUACGACGUGGACUUGUGGACGGAGAUAGCCAAAUACUUGGACGGCAGCGAUCUGAUGCGUCUGAGCCUGGCCAACCGCUGGUUCAACCAUCUGAUCGCAGAGGAGAGCGUCUGGAUGCAUGCCUGCCUCCGCGACCUCCAUGUCCCCCCUUCUGGAGAAGUUUCCUUUCCCUGGAAGGAUAUCUACGGCUCAGCCUUUGAUGGCAGCCACUCUUAUAACUAUCGGCAGCAGGAAAAGCACAUUGACUGGAUUCGGAUAGGUGCGUUCUUACUUGAUUCGCCCGUCGUGUUGCUGACGGAAAACCUGACGCUGCCCAAAAUGCUGCCGCGACCGGAGGACGACCCCGCGAAGACGAUUCAGACCACCGGCACGUGCCUGUUAGCUGGCGCCCGGACUGGAAUCUGGAUCGCCGAUCUGCAACUGGUUCGAUGCCCAGUGUGCAACCUCAACACAUGUGAAGGGACGAUGCAGGUGCUGGAUGCGAGACACGUGGAGCUGUUCUUGGAGGAGGGUUUCAAGGACGGGAGCUGGGAGUACGAAGACAUCGGGUCCCACCGGAUCGCGAAGCAGUCCAUCGCUGCCGCUGGGGCCAUCUUCGACUCCAAGCACCUGCCUGAUCCUUCCACUGCCGGGGUCCUGGAUGCAAAGGCGUGGAUUGGGCAGCAGGAUGACUGGCAGCCUAAGGCGAGGCUGUCGCUCCACGCCGUCGCCGUCAAUACCAAUCUACAGCCGAACGAGGGGCUUCAAGUGCGGUUCCAGGCGAUGCGGAGCACAGGGGCGGACCGGAAGGUAGUUUCUAUUAGAAUCUCGCAGCAGCUCGUUUAGGACUAUUACCACUUUGUAGAACAAAGAGUAAUUUUCCACAAGAUAAGAUCUCGCUUCACAGACUAACUCUUCUACUAGCAUUUACAUUGUAUAGUCUUUUUUUUUCUUUAUUUUUCUAAAUACUGUGA